AUGACUUCAGUUAGUAUGACCACUGAACAGCUGCAACAAAUGGUGUUAACCAUAACAUCGGUAACCGUGGAAGCCAUCCAAACAGCAGGUACCACCAGCUCGGCCUCAUUUGCGAAUGCUAAUUUCAUCUUGGAUGGAGCCAGGAACCCAGACAAAGUGGAGGAGUUUCUUACUACUGCUUCCAUUUAUAAGAAGGUGCAGAAAAUAUCUGACCAGGUUGCUUUUCAAACGCUACCGCUUGUAUUAAAGGGCGAAGCUUCGACUUGGUGGCUGGGUAUCAAGGAUAGCAUUGACACAUGGGUGGAGUUUGAAAAACGCUUACGUCGCGCCUUCGCACCGAAGAAGCCCGGAUACCUUGUAUUUUAA